AUGUCGACAAUCUCAGACCUACCAAAGACAGACCUUGCAUGGUUCGACGAACGACCCUCCGAGAGCCAGAUUCCUCAGUCAGCCAGACAAUUACUCGAAACAUAUAGCGGCAUUGCACCGAAUAGUGUAAUUGAACACGUCGUAAACCUUCGCAACGAGGCAUGGCGGAUCCAUCCUUAUCCGUGUAUCGGACAAUUCCGAUUCCUUGAACCGGGUAUUGAUGAGCUAGACGAGUAUGCGGAGGUCAUGGAACGGCUCCGUAAGGGCGAAAAAUUACUGGAUAUGGCAUGCUGCUUCGGUCAGACUACUCGCCGUUUAGUUGCAGAUGGUGCUCCAUCAGAAAACAUAUACGGAUGUGAUCUCGAGAAAGACUUCAUUGAUUUAGGAUACGGACUGUUCAAGGACCGAGACAAGCUUAAGACCAAGUUCAUGGUGGCAGACAUCUUUGAUCCUUCGUCUCCGCUGAAAGACCUCCAGGGUAGCUUCGAUAUGAUUUACGCAGGAUCUUUCUUCCACCUGUGGGGAUGGCAGAAGCAAAAGGAAGUGUCAACGCUACUCGUACAACUGCUGCGCCCACAACCUGGAUCAAUGAUACUGGGUCGUCAAGUAGGAGGUGCCGAAGCUCACGAAACAAUUUCUGCCACUUAUACAAUGUAUCGACACAACCCGGACAGUUUCGAACAACUGUGGAAAGAGAUUGGGGACGAUCUAGGCAUCACUUUCAAAGUGAAUGCAAGACUCAAAAGUGCGAAUGACAACCACUUCGAAGGAGGCGAUCCGAAUGUGAGACCAGCGCUGCACCGUGACGAUCCCAACGUGACCGAUAUCUGGGGCCAGACGGAAGGCACGACAGGCCUAGAGUCUUGUUCAGUACCUAUCCACCGGUUCAGGUACCUGAAGAUCACACCAUCAAAACAAUCCGAGGAUUUCUUGUUCGGCCCCACUGAGGUCGUUCUCUAG